CAUGGCGGCGCCGGUGGAAGAACACAGCGGGGCGCAGCUGCGAGGGAACCUGAGGGCCGUAGUGGAGGGCGUGGCGAGGAGGGAGCGCUUCACGGACAUCGAAGUGGAAGUGGGUCGCGCUUCGUCCAAGGGCGACAACUACAUCGGCGAGCUGCUGAGGGUCAGGUUGAAGGGCAGGAGGGACGGCGAGGAAGGGCAGGGCAUGUCCCUCGUCGUCAAGCUGAUCCCGGACAGCGAGGCGAAGCGGGAAGCGCUCGACAUGGACUCCUUCUUCGACAACGAGUUGUUCGUGUACAGCGAGGUGAUGCCGGCCUUCCAGUCGCUCCAGGAGGACAGAAGGGUCCCCGAGGCGGAGCGGUUCGGAGCAGUCCCCAAGCUGCUGGCCUGCGACAGGUCCGAGGGAGGCGUGUCCUUGGUCCUGGAGGACAUGUCUCCGAGAGGAUACCGCAUGGCGGACCGCCUUAAAGGACUGGACUCGGCACACUGCUCCUUGGUCAUGAAGGAGCUGGGCAGGUUCCACGCCUUCUCCUUCGCGCUGCGCGACCAGCGACCUGAGGAGUUGCAGCGACUGCGCUCCGGCGUCACUGAGACGCUGUUCGGACCGCGCGCCCACUUCAGCUCGGAGCAGGGCAAGGCGAGCCUGAAGCAGAACAUCGACCAGGCCUCGUCCACCAUGCUGAAGAGGUUCCCACUCGAGUCGGAGUACAUGGAGCGCUUCAGGCGGUUCUGCUCGGACUUCAACAAGCGCGGGGAGGCCGUCGCCAGCGGGGAGGCGGCCGAGCCGUGCGCCGUCAUCUGCCACGGAGACUGCUGGACCAACAACAUCCUCUUCAAGUACAGCGAGGGUGAUGAAACUCCAGAAGCCCUGUGCCUGCUAGACUUGCAAUUAUCGCGGUACAGCUCUCCGGUCACGGACAUAGCAUACUUCCUGUACUGCUGUACAGAGGGGACUGUGAGAAGAGAAGCGUACAAGUCUCUGCUGUCGGACUACUACAACAGCUUCUCACAGUUCUUGCGGAAGCUUGGCUCCGAUCCGGAGAAAAUGUUUCCGUAUUCAGCGUUCAAGGAGCAUCUGAGCAAGUUUUCACAGUUCGGACUAGCAAUGGCUCUCGUAGCUAUGCCGCUCUUCACUGCAGCUUCUGAAGAUACGCUUGGUGUCGAACAUUUUGGAAAGGAAACGGCGGACGAAGCCUUCAGUAAAGUCGCGUGCAAUGAGCGCUACCUGCGGAGGAUGGGUGACGUCAUAGAGGACAUGGUGGACUGGAACUUAAUAUAGGUUCCUUACACAUUUAUAGCCGUUAAGUCUCGGCUUCAGCCAGCAUGUCGAAAUUUUGUUUAAUUGAAGAAACUUUAUAAAAAUUGGUUAUAGGAUCAAUUUUGUAUUGGUUAACCAAUUUUGAAAACCCAAAAGAAGAUUUCGUAGAGAAAUUUGUCCGGAUAUCUUUUAUUUUUAGUUCUUGCCUGGGAUUUUACAUAAAGCAAAUAACAAACAUUUUUUAUGGCAAAUAAAUGUGUCAGAAAACACAAAAUUCAGUGCUUGUAUAGCAUAAUAUCAGAAUAAAUUUUUCUAGGCAUGAAAAUGUAAAAUAUCCAAAAUGAUUUGAAAUUGUUGCUCAUGAAUGAUUCCUUAAUUUUUUUUGUAAAAUACUGUUCUAAAAAGAAAAAACAGUAAAUAAUUAGAGCAGUUACUUUAUGAUGAUUUGUAUAAAAUGUUUAAUAAAAUGCAUUCACAAUAAAAUAAUAACGAUCCUGUGUAUAAAAAAUAGCCCAAAUGGGCUGGUAAACUGGAACCACAUAUGUGCUUCUUGAUGAGAUUAUUAAAUUAUUGUGAUUUUAAA